UUCAGCAACGCCGCUCCCCUCCCACAUCAGCUGAUCGGGCGCGUGUCAUGUGACCCUGACUGUUGCCCGGAUCCUCGCGUCCAAAGUUCUAUUUCACAUGGUUCCUCGGAUUCUUCUCUCUGUGUCUGUUUCGGAAUCUCUUCCUUUGCAAACAAGCGUGGGGGUUUGCGAGGAGAAGCAAUGACAGAAGUGAAGAGAAAGAACUUCGGGGAAUGGCCCCUUGGCGGAGGGACUGUGGAAAAAUUCCUGCUUAAAUCAGACACAGUGAAAGUGGAAAUUAUAUCCUUAGGCUGCAUAAUCACCGCCUUGGAGACGAAAAGCAAGGAGGGGAAGUUCUCAGAUAUUGUUCUGGGCUUUGACCAUUUGGAAGGGUACAUCAGCAAACACCCCUAUUUUGGAGCUGUUGUUGGACGGGUUGCUAAUAGAAUUGCCAAAGGAAAGUUUGCGGUGGAAGGAGUGGCGUAUCAGUUGGCCAUCAACAACGGACCCAACAGUUUGCAUGGAGGAAUAAAAGGCUUUGACAAGGCUAUCUGGGACCCUGAAGUGCUGCCAGAUGGUGUACGAUUUUUCAGAGCAAGUCCAGAUGGUGAAGAGGGAUAUCCUGGUGAGCUGAAAGUGUGGGUGACAUAUACUCUCAAGGAUAGCGAGCUAACAAUCAGUUACAGAGCUCAAAGCAACAAGACCACACCAGUCAAUCUGACAAACCAUGCAUACUUCAACCUUGGAGGCCAGGGCUCAGCCAAUAUCUAUGACCAUGAAUUUACUAUACAGGCAGAUUCUUACCUGCCAGUGGAUGAAACCCAGAUCCCCACAGGAGAAAUUGCUUCAGUGCAGGAUACAUCUUUUGACCUCAGAAAGCCAGUGGAGUUUGGAAAACACCUGAAGAAGUUUCAGCUCAGUGGGUUUGACCACAACUUUUGUUUGACACAGACAAAAGAUACAUGCUUCUGUGCAAGAGUCUACCAUCCCCCUAGUGGCAGAAUGAUAGAGGUUUACACAACUCAGCCUGGAAUUCAAUUUUACACUGGUAAUUUCUUAGACAGCACGCUAAAGGGAAAAGGAGGCUGUGUGUACCCCAGACAUUCUGGCUUCUGUCUUGAAACACAGAACUGGCCAGAUGCAGUGAACAAGCCUCAUUUCCCAGAUACCCUGCUACACCCAGGAGAGGAAUACAAGACCACAACUUGCUUCAAGUUUUCUGUAGCUUAAGUAAAGGCCUAUAAGCAAGAAAUUUUAUAGCUAUCUACAAAGCAGAUUCCAAACUACUCAUUUUACUAUCAAAUGUGUCUUGAUUCUCUCAUGAUAUGUACACUCAUGCUAAGAACAAAGCUGGUCUUCAUAGUCUAUUUUAGGACACCAUGCACAGCUUUUUAGAUUACAGAUGAAUAACCUUAUUCCGUUUUACCAAUAGUCUUGUUAUAAGCCAUCUUGAGAGUUUACUGGUACAUACGGUAGAAAUGUAAGAAAUAAAUUAACAUUUAAAUUUG